AUUUUAAUUUAGUACAACGCGCGCGUCGACGAGAGUCAGGCAUGGCCCAGUCUUUGCCACUGCCAGACUUUGGCCUACAUUGAGGCUACAAGCUCGUAGCGCCUGCUUGCUUUUGUCUGCCCAGCAGCUGCCCUAAAUCACAAGUGCCGCCGCUAACACACAAGCCAAAGCUAAAAACGGGAGGUGCCAAUACACAGCGGAUUGGCAUUUGGGGCAGCCCUGCACUUCAGGCAAAGCCCAGAGCAUCUAGAUCGUAGCGCUGCGAGAACAGCCCGCGAUGGGCUCAGGCGCGUCGACCGACAAGAAACCGCUCACCGAAGUAAGGCUGAAAAGCGAGGUCGGCGUCCUCUUCGACGACAAGGCGAAGCGAGCCUUCGAUGCCGCCGCCACUGAGGACCCGGACGGCACGCGCACGGUGCCGUGGCCCACGAUAGAAGCCCACGCCAAGGAGCACGACGAGCGCGCGCUCGACCCGCGGAAAUGCAUGUUUCACAACCUGAAGGCCUUCAAGGCCGCGCGGGAGCAGAUCGACGAGAUCGCGCGCGUGCACAUCAAGGGCGCGGUGCGCGAGAUCCCGUGGGUGGGCAAAUCUCUCGGAGACGAAUGUCGGCAGUGCGGCCUCGACGGCGAGCCGGCCGCGUCGCUCGACGCGCUGUACGAGGUCGCCGCGCUGGCGAGGGUGCAGUUCGAGGAGAUUAUGACGGCCGCGUGCCCUGAAAGCGGCGUAAAGCUGAUGUUUGCGCCGCUGAAGGGCCGCGACCGCGCCGGUGCCAAGGCGCGCGACGAGUACGCCGAUAAGACGGCUCCGUGCUACUCGUGGCUCUUCGACAUUACGCGCGGUGCUGCGCUGUGCCAGACGGAGGACGCCCUGGUCAGUUUGUACAAGGCGCUCGAAGCGGACGACCGUGUGGAUAUCGUGCGGACGAAGAACAGGUUCGCGCCGCCGCUCUUCAACGGCUACCAGGACAUUCUGAUGAACGUCGCCGUGAAAGUCGAGAACGUGAAGCACUUGUGCGAGCUCCAGAUCCAUCUCAUGCCGAUCAAAGAGUCGGAGGCGCUGCACCAGAGCCACACGGUCUACGAGUAUUUCCGGUCGUUUUUCUUGGGCAAUUCAGACGCCGUCGCGCAGCGGCUCGAGAUGUUGUGCGAGUUACCCGUCGACGACGCUUCCGAUGUGGAUGAGUUGGUGGACCAUGUGCUCGGGUCCGACGCGGACGCGAAUUUGCUCGAGGGGCUCUGCGAGUUGCUCGAGUCGAUCCAGGAGUCCGCGGGCGUCGUGAAGGUCCGGCAAGGCAUCUUGGCUGAGAAGGAGCGCGCGUUCGGUGCGAGGAGCAAGGAGGUGGGUGAGGCGCUGUGGGAUCUUGGGCUCGCGUACGGGGAUCUUGGCGACAAUGCCAAGAGGCUUGAGGUCUUGGAGCGGGCGCUCCCGAUCUACGAGCGCGAGUACGGUAGCGACCACGCGGAGGUGGCCAGCGUGUUGAAUAGUCUCGGGAACGCGUACGGCUCAUUAGGCGACCACGCGAAGGGUCGAGACAUGCUGGAGCGCGCGCUCGCGAUCAAGGAGCGGGCGUAUGGCCGCGACCACCCGGAAGUGGCCCCCACGCUGAACAACCUCGGGAACGCGUACGGCUCUUUAGGCGACCACGCGAAGAAGCGAGACGUGCUGGAGCGCGCGCUCGCGAUCAAGGAGCGGGCGUACGGUCGCGACCACCCGGAAGUGGCCAAGACGCUGAUGAACCUCGCGAACGCGUACGGCAAAUUAGGCGACCAGGCGAAGAAGCGAGACGUGCUGGAGCGCGCGCUCGCGAUCAAGGAGCGGUCGUACGGCCGCGAACACACGAGCGUGGCCCUCACGCUGGGGAACCUCGGGAACGCGUACGGCGAAUUAGGCGACCACGCUAAGGAGCAAGACAUGCUGGAGCGCGCGCUCGCGAUCAACGAGCGGGCGUACGGCCGCGACCACCCGUCAGUGGCCAGCGUGUUGAAUAGUCUCGGGAACGCGUACGGCUCAUUAGGCGACCACGCGAAGGGUCGAGACAUGCUGGAGCGCGCGCUCGCGAUCAAGGAGCGGGCGUAUGGCCGCGACCACGCGGAAGUGGCCCGCACGCUGACGAACCUCGGGGACGUGUACCGCAUGCUUGGAGACGACGCCAAGGAGCGAGACAUGCUGGAGCGCGCGCUUGCGAUCAAGGAGCGGGCGUACGGACCCGAUCACGUUGAGCUAGCCAACACUCUCUGGAAUCUUGCCGAUUCGUACGGCGCCCUCGGCGACACAGCCAAGCAGCAGGAAAGUUUAAAGCGCGGACUCGCGAUCAAUGAGAGAACGUACGGACCAGAUCAUUCCGAGACGGUCGAUUUCCGGAAGGAGCUCGCUUCCCUGCUGCACGCCGCGGCGGCGAAAGGCGACGUCGACGCGAUGACCCAGGUUCUGGACGGCGGCGCCGCUGUCGACCAAGCUAGAGGGGACGGCGCGACGUCGCUAUAUCUCGCCUGCCAGAAGGGCCACACCGACGCGGCGCGGCUGUUGCUGGAGAAAGACGCGGAGGUCGAUCGCGCGACGAAAAAGGGCGCAACGCCGCUAUUCAUCGCCUGCUUCAAGGGUCACGUCGACGCGGCGCGGCUGGUGCUGGACAAAGGCGCCGAGGUCGACCGGGCGACGGAGAAGGGUGCGACGCCGCUGUACAUCGCUUGCCAGAAGGGCCACGUCGACGCGGUGCAACUGCUGCUGGACAACGGCGCUGAGGUCGACCGGGCGGACGAGGACGGCUGGACGCCGUUGCUCGUCGCCUGCGAACACGGCCGCGUCGACGCGGCGCGGCUGUUGCUGGAGAAAGGUGCAGAUAUCAACAGGGCGAUGGAGGGCGGCGAUACGCCCCUGUUGAUCGCGUGCUACAACGGCCACGUAGACGCGGCGCGGCUAUUGUUGGACCGCGGCGCCGACGUUCACCACAGGGCCGAUUCAGGUCACACUUGCCUGAAUACCGCCUGCUGCGAAGGUCACAUCGAGAUCGUUCGGCUUUUGUUAGAUAACGGGGCUGUCGCUGACCUGGACGUAGCAGACGAAGGCGGCGACACGCCGAAGGCCAACGCGGAGUCCCAGGGCCACGCGGCCGUCGUCGACCUCCUCGCCCAAUACACCGAGUAAUUCACAAGCGAAAGUAG